AUGGCUUCAGUCACUACAGGCACCCCAAAACCAUUCCAGAUCUCCGUGCCGGACGCAAAGAUCUCUGAACUCAACACCAAGCUCGCCAAUGCCACAUUUCCCACGGAAGUCCAGGGCGCAGAAUGGUCUAUGGGAUCUCCAUUAGCAGACAUCAAGCGCAUCUCGGCAUACUGGCAUAAGAACUUCUCCUGGAGGAACGCAGAGAAGAAAUUGAAUAGCUAUCCUCAAUACACUGUUCCGAUCAAGGUUCCAGGCUGGGAGGAGUUGGAUAUACAUUUUAUCCACCAGCGUUCCGAGCGUCCUAAUGCCAUUCCACUCCUUUUCAUACACGGAUGGCCUGGAUCUUAUUACGAGGUGCUCAAGAUGUUACCUUUACUCACAGAUCCCAAGGACCCGAACAUUCCUGCUUUUCAUGUCGUCGCACCUUCUCUUCCCGGAUAUGCGUGGUCGCAGUACCCUUUCUCAAAACCCGGCUUUGGUCUCAAACAGCACGCCGAAGUCAUGCAUGGCGUCAUGAAGGCAUGCGGAUACGACAAGACCGGGUAUGUCACUCAAGGCGGUGAUUGGGGCGGCUUUCUGACCCGACUGGUGUCGAAAUACUACCCGGAAAGCUGCAAAGCCGUGCACACGAACUUUCCUGUCCAUCCUUUCCCCAAACUUUGGAAGAAUCCUAUAUCUUUCGUGCAAGCGAUCGCUGGAAUCGCAUUGAGCAGUGAAGUCAGAGCUGGUCUUGCUCAUUCACAGAAAUACUUUGCUGAAGGCGAUGGAUAUUUGAAAGAACAAGAUACGAAAUGCCAAACGCUAGGCUACGGCUUGACAGACUCACCUGUUGGACUUCUGGCUUGGAUCUAUGAAAAGCUUCAUGUCUGGACCGACAACUACCCCUGGACGGAAGAGGAAGUGUGCGAAUGGAUAUCGAUCUACGCAUUCUCGAGAGAAGGUCCGAUGACGAGUACCAGAAUCUAUUGGGAAUCAAAUCAUCCCGUUGGCGAAGGCGCGAUGAGUCGUACGGAUGUGAUCAACAUGCAUGUGCCGAAUGUGCCGCUCGCUCUGGCAUACUUCCCAAAUGAGAUUGCCAGGUUGCCGUAUUGCUGGGCGCACAGUCAAGGACCGAUUGUGCAGCAGACUACAUACGAUGUGGGAGGACAUUUCGCUGCGUUUGAGGUGCCGCAAUUACUGGCGAGUGAUCUUAGGAAGCUGUUUGGAAAGGGAGGGGCUUGUGAGGGUAUUGUGCUGGGGCAGAAAGGAUUUUAG